CGAAACAGUGGCAAAAUGUUUUCUUGCUGUCGAGCCAAUCCCAAGGCAGGGAAAAAGUCCAAGAACAAUACCAAGAACGGCGAACCCACCAUGGAGAAUAAUGAAGUCGUCGACGAGGAGAAAGCGCCGUCGCCCAACCAAUCCAGUGAAGUGGAAAUGAAGGCUGUGCCACAAAACGGCAAUGUGAAGCCUGAGGACGACAUGGAAGUCGACGUCUCAAUGUCUCAUCCAGAAGUGCCAGAGGACAAUGAUGACAAAGAUGAUGAUGAUGAUGAUGAAGAUGCUGUCGUCGAAGAUGUUACAAAACCUUCUCAAACACAAACUGAAGUUACCAGGGAUACGGAUAUAGCCACGUCGUCCUCCCCAAUCCUGCAACCUUCCGUGCGCUCUACCCACUCAUCCACAUCAACAGCGCCGCCGGCAUCGAUGACGAGUGCUGGAGAUGAGGACGGCCAUCACGACGACGAGAGCAACCAUAAUGUCGACAAAGUUUUGAUUGCUGCCAUGACAAGACAACCAACACCACCGCUUCCAUCUGCUGUUGCGCCACCGACAAAGAGCUGCCUCUCGAGGCACAACUCCACGCAUCAUUCCAUCAAGAAGAAGGUUAACAUAAGCAAUCGUGCCGAGAUUAUUGAGCCGGACCCACUACCGCUGCUCCUGCUGGCAAAUCAGAAUAAUAACAACAAUUCUCUGCUGGAUGACGAUGAGGUGUUCUCCGACUCGCUGCCGCCGCCGAAGCGGGAGAGCAUGUGUGCCCCAUAUAUUGAGGGCGAUCUGAUAUCGGAGACUCUAGCAUUUGCCCACGGACUACCCGCCUGGUUCGACGACGAACGGCUGAAUGAGAUCGGCUGCAUUGAGCCACCUGUUACACCAGUGGGACGCGAUGAGUUGGAGCUGAAACGGCAGCGUCUUUACACGGAGCUAUUACGGGCCGCCCAUGCGGCCGUAGAGCACAGUGUGGCAGUGCGUGAUAACGAACCCGACUCGAAAACCCCAACUGUUGCUGUUCAGAAAUUGGAAAGCAUUUGUGAACGCCUGGAGACGUUAGUAGAUCGCUUGGAGCGCACACUAAUCGCGCCGUCUAACACGCAAACCCAAUCGGAAGAACCGCCAAAGCCUCCGUUGCCAGAAACUGCAAAUCCGUUGCCUUCGCCACCUGCUCCCUUGGUCAGAAGUGCGAUCAUGAGUGUUGCCGGCUUUGAGGAUAUUGUCGCGGGACCGCUGAGCCAAUAUCUAGCCAAUUCCGUGAAAAUUGGCGGCGAUGUUGCCCAGCAUGCUCAGUCGGUAAAGGCGGCCUUUGAUGCCCAAUUGCAGUAUGUGAAGCUGGCCACGCAGAUUGCUCAGCCACCGCAGCCGAAGCAAAUGGAGUUGCUGAAGCCAACGUCGACGCAGAUUAGCGCCAUACAGGAUUUCCGUGAGAAGCAUCGCUCGUCGCCCUUCUUCAAUCAUCUUUCGGCCAUCAGCGAGAGUAUCCCCGCUCUGGGCUGGGUUUGUGUGUCGCCCACACCAGGUCCUCAUGUCAAGGAGAUGAAUGACGCCGGCCAGUUCUACACGAAUCGUGUGCUGAAGGAGUGGAAGGAGAAGGAUGCCACGCAUGUGGAGUGGGCUCGGUCAUGGGUUCAGACGCUGACCGAGUUGCAGGCGUACAUCAAGCAGUAUCAUACCACAGGUCUUGUGUGGUCCGGCAAGGGAGCAGCUCCAGCUGGCGGUGCCCCGCCACCACCUCCACCUGGGGGCAUGCCGCCACCACCACCCCCACUGGACUUGGAUGCUCUCAAGCUGGAUAGUGCCGGCGAUGAUCGGAGUGCGCUCUUUGCCCAAAUCAAUCAGGGUGCUGACAUUACAAAGAACUUGAAAAAGGUCACUGGCGAUAUGCAAACCCACAAGAAUCCCUCGCUGCGAACAGGACCAGCUCCUUUCAAGACACCAGCUACUUUUGGCGGUGCCUCCAAAUCGGCGGCCGCUGCCGUUGCGAAGGAUCCCGUGUUCACACGUGAUGGCAAAAAGUGGCUGAUUGAAUAUCAGAAGAAUAACACCGGUCUCCUUGUGGACAACGCAGAGAUGAACAAUGUGGUCUAUGUGUUCCGUUGUGAGGGCUCCACACUCACGGUCAAGGGCAAAGUGAACAACAUUGUUUUCGAUUCCUGCAAGAAGUGUUCGUUGCUCUUCGAUUCGGUGGUUGCCUCUGUGGAGUUUGUGAACUGCCAGAGCGUCCAGAUGCAGGUGUUGGGAUCAGUGCCCACAGUUUCUAUCGAUAAGAGCGACGGAUGUCAAAUGUAUUUGUCAAAGGAUUCGCUUGGCGUAGAGAUUGUCAGCUCAAAGUCUUCCGAGAUGAAUAUUCUAUUGCCCGAUCCAAGUGGCGACUAUACCGAACUGGCUCUACCGGAGCAGUAUAAGACCACCAUAGCUGGCAAGACCCUCAAGACUGUGUGCGUGGACAGUUUGGGCUAAGUUUCAGGAGAAUCAAUUCUAUCCGUAGCGUUCCCCCCUCCGUUUAGAAGAGCAUUUGGCCAGCCAUUAAGCAUUAAUAUAUGUAUUCUAAUUUUAAGCAGAAAGUUUUAUGUUUUUUGUCCCUGACCGAUCUGGUACAGAAAUUGUUGCCAAAAUUUAAAGCUGGCCAAUGCGAAAGUUUAUACACCACAUUUAAAUUAAUUUAAUUGAAAUGAUGCGGGGGGAGGAGGAUGACGGUCAGCCCAAAAGAUAUAUUGUGUUUAAGUUCAAGGGAAUUCCUGAAAACUGAUUAAAACACAAAAGAAAACAAACAAAAAAAACAUUAAAAAUCCGCACGAAAUUCGGAAAAUAUUUGCACUCGAGCAUGUCUAAGAUCAAGAUCAUCAUCUUUUUUAUAAUCUAUUUAAAUAAAAUUUAAACAUUUUUUAUCAAAUAAAAAAA